AGUGAACAUGGAGGAGCCGGUGUGUCUGAUUGAUACGGGGCCUGACGGGCGCCUGCGUGUCCAGCAGGGGGCACUGCAGAUCCUGGAGCAGAUCCAGCAGCCGGUGGUGGUGGUGGCAGUGGUGGGGCUCUACCGCACAGGGAAGUCCUACCUCAUGAACCGACUGGCUUUGAGGAGAAAAGGCUUUGCUCUGGGAAGCACCGUCGAGUCCAAGACCAAAGGCAUCUGGAUGUGGUGUAUGCCUCAUCCCAUUAAAUGUGGGCACACCCUGGUGCUGCUGGAUACAGAGGGACUGGGAGACGUGGAAAAGGGUGAUGAGAAACAUGACAUGUGGAUCUUCUGCCUGGCCGUUCUGCUCAGCAGCACUCUGGUCUACAACAGUAUGGGAACCAUUGAUAACAAUGCCUUGGAGAAGCUACAUUUUGUGACAGAACUGACGGAGCACAUCAGGGUGAAGUCCACUAAUGAUGGCGAGACCACAGAGCUGAAGCUGAAGUUCUUCCUCCCCUCCUUUGUGUGGACAAUCAGAGACUUCAGUCUGAUCCUGGAGCUGGACGGGAAACCCAUCUCAGCUGAUGAGUACCUGGAACAUUCCAUGAGGCUGAAAACAGGCCCUUUAGAGCAACUCAAAGAAUUCCAUCAGUUCUUGAACUGUUCAAAUCCAAACAUCAAGCUCAGUCUUGAAUACAGCCAGUCAGAAAUACACUUCCUGGACCUUAACAUCACAGUGGAUGAACAAGGUUACCUACACACAUCCAUUUUCAGGAAGGUAACUGAUAGGAACACCAUUGUUCACGCUGACAGCUUUCACCCCAACAGUCUCAUCACAAACAUCCCCUACGGCCAAUUUCAAAGAAUACGCAGAAUCUGUGAUUCUGAGAUUGACUUUGAUGUACAAGCUGACGACAUGUACUCUCGUUUUCAACACAAGGGGUACCGGAAAAAAAGAUCUAGAUACAGCUUUGGGUAA